AUGGAGGGGCAUGUCGAACCGAAGGGGGACAUUGGUCCAUCGAGGCCCGACGAACCUGAGCCUAAGCUGGCGGAUGAGACCAGCUCGGUGCCGACGCUGGUGGAGGAGAAAUUGGAGCGGAGGUUGAUUUGGAAGAUUGACCUGCAUGUUCUCCCGAUCGUGGUGUUGUUGUAUCUGUUCAGCUUUCUUGACCGAGUGAAUAUCGGCAAUGCGCGCUUGUAUGGUCUAGAAGAGGACUUGGGAUUGGUCGGGGAUCAGUACCAGAUCGCGGUCUCGAUCCUGUUUGUGACUUAUUGUUUCUUUGAGGUGCCUUCCAACUUGAUAAUCAAGAAACUGAGGCCCUCUCGGUAUAUUGCCGUUAUUUCUGUGCUGUGGGGGAUUAUCGCGACCCUCACGGGCAUCUGCCAAAAUUAUGGCGGCCUCAUUGCCUGCCGUAUUCUUCUGGGGAUUGUCGAGGCGGGGCUCUUUCCGGGCUUCAUUACCUAUCUCACCCUCUUCUACAGCAAACGAGAGAUCGCCCUGCGAACCGGGUACCUGUUCAGUAGCGCUGCUAUUGCGGGUGCCUUUGGCGGCCUUCUUGCAUAUGGCAUCGGCUUCAUGGAUGGUGUCAGCGGGCUUCGGGGAUGGCGGUGGAUCAUGAUUCUCGAGGGGAUCCCAACCGUGAUCCUAGGUGUGGCGACCUGGUUCUUCCUGGCAGAUGAGCCUGACACUGCUUAUUAUCUGAAUGAAGAAGAACGAGCGCUUGUCGUGCGUCGCCGUAGUCGCUACGUGGGCCAGACAGCAUCUGCCCAAAAGUUCCACUGGGCGGAUGUCCGGGAGGGUGCGCUCGACUGGAAGAUUUAUGCCUUUUGCAUUGGCCAGUUUGGCGUGGACACCAUGUUAUACGGGUACAGCACUUUCCUGCCCACCAUCAUCAAGGGAAUGGGCAAUUGGUCCACGGCUGAGGUCCAGGCACUAACCAUCCCAUGCUAUGCUCUCGGCGCUAUUGUCUACCUCGGCGUAGCCUGGCUGAGUGAUCGAAUCCAGCACCGCGCAUUCUUUAUCUGUCUCUUCAGUGCCAUCUCCGUCAUUGGCUACGGCAUUUUGAUUUCGGAUACCUCGUCGGGAGUGCACUAUUUCGGCGCCUUGCUGGUCGCUCUGGGUCUCUAUGUUACCGUCGGUCUGCCGCUGGCCUGGUUACCCACCAACCUGCCCCGGUACGGCAAACGCACGUUCGCGACAGGCCUGCAACUCACCUUCGGCAAUAUUAGUGGUGUCAUGUCCCCAUUCCUAUACAAGAACUCAGAGGGGCCGCGAUUUGUGCGAGGCAAUGCUGUCACGCUGGCACUGGUGGGGUUCGCCGGGGUAUUGUAUGGUGUCAUGUGGGCUUGUCUUCGUGUGAUUAACAAGCGUCGUGUUCACGGUCUCGAAGAUGAGAAGAUUGCCUCCUUGUCGGAGGCGGAUAUUCAAGAACUUGGUGACCGGAAUCCUCGAUUCCGGUAUAGCACUUGA